ACAUUCGCAUGUUUGUGCGAAUUUUAAGGAAAUUUCUACCAAAAAUUGACUUGUAAUGGCUGUACAAAACGUAGCUAUAAUCGGCUGUGGUGCCUCUGGUCUAACUAGCAUUAAAUGCUGCCUAGAUGCUGGCCUGAAACCUAUAUGUUUUGAACAACAAUCUACUUUUGGAGGCGUAUGGAAUUACACUGACGAGCCUCGACAGAAUUUAGCAUCGGUCCACAAAAGCACUGUUACAAAUACGAGCAAAUUAAUAACAGGUUUUUCUGAUUUUCCUAUGCCUAAGGAAUUUCCAAAUUAUUUGCCUCAGAGGUUAAUGCAAGAGUAUUUCGAAAUGUAUGCCAAGGAAUUUGAUUUGGCGAAGUAUGUCGAGUUUAAUACGGAGGUUGUAAAGUUAGAGCGAAGCGCGGAUCACGGAGACACGGGAAAAUGGGUGGUUUCUACCAGGUAAAGUUGCUUUGUGUUAAACUUUUUACACUGAAUAUUGCGUUUGUAUCUAAGGCUCUACACUUGCAGAUAAAACAUUAUUUAUGCGAACCUUUUUGUUCAGAGCACUUGAAAGGUUUUAAACCACCGUUUUAAUUAUACUGAUCAGUCAACCACGCGUAUGAUUUAUGAUAACCAAUGAAAGAAUUCUGACUGUUAAUUCAAUCAUCAUUUGAAUAUCAAAAAAGUUGCUUAGAAACCAAUUAGUUCCGCAUUGAUUCGCGACUGCUAAAACGUAAACAGAAAACAUUUUAAACCGUAUUUAAUACCUAAAGAAGAAUAUCGAACCAAAAUUAGGUAGAUCAUACAAACUAAAAGAAACAACAAAUUAUCACAACAGAAAUCUGCGUCGUGAAUAAAGUACUUUAAAAGUUUUAAAUAGAACAAUUUAACCUUAAAUUAAACUGUGUAACAAACUAGCUUGCGCUAGACUAUAGCGGUAAUAUUAUCACUAAAUAUCAGGAAAAUCCUUCUAUAUUUUUUUAUAUAAAGCGGCGUACAAUGUCAAUGCAUACACAUCGUGUGACAUAUAAAACUAACAUAUCAACUACACUCUAUCUUUACUUAUUAUUCUUUAUUUUGCUCCACACAGGAGACAAAUAUGCUGGUACAAAAUUCGGAAUUGGCUUUGUAAGACCGAGCAGAAGUUAUUUUCAGAAAACUGCAAUUAUGGAAUUGAAUCCUGGUUACAAACUGUCAAAUGUAAAUGCACCAUGUAUAUUGUGUAUAGGUUUCACUACAGAAAAAUAUAACAUAGAUUAUCGAUACCUUCACUUAGGAAACUAGAUGGAACAAAUUCUGAGAUCACAACCAAAACAUUUGAUGCAGUUAUGAUAUGUAAUGGCUAUUACUGGGAUCAAGUUAAGCCUAAUAUUCCAGGAAUUGAGAAAUUUAAAGGUGUCAUAGUGCAUAGUGGAGAUUACAGAACGUUUCAUCCGUACGUUGGAAAAAGAGUCGUAAUUGUAGGGUGUAGUCACUCAGCUGGUAUGUACAUAAUCUAUAUGGAGAAAGAAAGAGAGGGUGUCACCUUUCCUUACCAAUUUUUUAAACAUUUUUUUAACAAAUUACAUUAUUUGCAGAGUCACACAGAAUUUGUUUUUCAGAAUGAUAUAUAGUCAGUCUCAUAUGAUAUUACAAAUGAUAUUAUCUUUCUCCACACCAGCUGAUAUCGCUGUCGAACUAAGUCAUCAUGCUGCCCAGGUCUACAUAAGCACAAGAAGUGGAUGUUAUGUUUUAACACGUCUUGGCCGUGGAGGACAACCUAUCGACUUUGGUAUCUCCAGAGUAACCCAGCUUGUACCACUUGCAAUUCAACUAAAAUUUAUCCCUGGACUGGUGAACAACAAAAUUAACUUUAAAAACUUUGGCCUUCAACCAACAGGCACCCUCGGUGUACACAAAUUUCCAAUUGUAAACGAUGCGAUUCAGCACCGUAUUAUAACUGGCAGUAUAAAAGUCAAAGGGAACGUUGAAGAGAUUGCACAAAAUUCUGUCACUCUCGAGGGGGGCGAGACAUUGGAUAAUAUUGAUGUUUUAGUACUUGCAACUGGAUUUAAAUUAAAAUACCCAUUUGCAAAAGAUAUCAUAGAAGUAAAGGAUGGUUUUUAUACAAGUUUAUAUAAGCACGUGUUUUUGCCUGAUGAUGAGUGGCAUACAUUAGCUGUGAUUGGAGGAGUGGACCUUGGAGCGGCUUCACCCCCUGUGAAUGAAAUGCAAGCACGGAUUGCCGCAGAGGUGUUUGCGGGGAGAUGUAGUUUGCCCAGUAAGGGUGAUAUGGAAAAGGAGAUUGCAGAACGGGAACAAUGGUGGUUGAAAACUGGGGCAUCGAAGAAACAUUUCACGCGGGUAAGUACAUUAUGUAUAAUGUUGAUGGUGAAUUAUAAGUUGAGUUGUCCACAACAGUAAUGAUGGUUAUUAUUGUAUCGGGUGAUUAUAAUUAUGGUGAUGGUAAUUAUACUGAUGGCAAUUAUGCUGAUGAUGAUGAUGAUAUGGUGGUUAUGGCGAUGCAUGUAAUGGUGGUGGUGGCAUGGUGAUGGUAAUUGUGAUGGUUAUAAUGGUGAUGUUGAUUAUGAUGAUGUUGAUGGUAAUUUUGAUGAUAGUGAUUAAUUUGGUUAUGGUGAUUAUGAGAGGAUGAUCAGGAUAAUGGUGAUGAUGAUUAUGAAGAUUGCACCACUAUGAUGUCCCUUUAAUAAUGCUGCUAAUGAUGAUGAUGAUUAAUACGGUAGGAAAGAUAGAUGGUAGUGAAUGCUGAUGGUGGUUAUAACUUUAAUAGUGUUCAAUUGCUGCUGAAGAUACUAGUUUCAAAUCGCUUACAAUCUAUUUCUAUCCAAAUAUUUUAAAGGUUAACUACGUCCCCUAUAUGAAUGAACUUGGUGAGAUGAUCGGCGCCAAGCCCAACUUAUGGUCAAUAUUCAAAGAAGAUCCAAAACUGGCCUAUCAAGUUUUCUUUGGAACUACCAUCCCAACUCAAUAUCGACUGCAAGGACCCAACAUUUGGAAGGACGCGAGGAAACAUAUCAUGAGUUUUCAAGAACAGUAUCUUUGUCCAUUAAGUACCAGAAAGUGUGCACCAUCAGCAGAAAGUAACAGUCAUAGUGUUCUUAUAUUUAUUUUUGUGAUUGUUUUCGCUGUAAUUGCAAUAAUGCUCAAGGCAUGAAGUCUGUUGUAUUGGUCUGAAAAUGGGCAAAACGGUCAAUUUGCGCCAUUCAAGGUGUAUGGACUAUGUGAAAAUUGUCUCAGCUUUGAGAUAUAUGCACUGACAUCAAAUAUGGUGUUGUAUUUAAUAAUUAAAUGUAUGCAGAAUAAUUUCAAAUUGCCAAUUAUAUUUACCAG